AUGCGUCAAGAAGGACCACAUUGCAUUGUGAAAGGGGACCCUCACUACGAGACAUUCGAUGGGUACCACUACAGCUACAUGGGAAAUUGUACGUACAUUCUUCUUGGUUGGUGUAGCAAGAAAAAAGUUUCACACCUAGUGACAGUGACCACUGCAAAUGCACGCCCACACCAGCACGGUCACACACGGGUAACGGCCUUGAAAUUAAAUCGACGUGGUACUCGUCGGUUUACUGAAAUUAUACCCGAUGACUGCUCAUACUGGCUAAAUAGAGAACAGUGGACAAAGUUCCCCCACGUUUGGCCCGGGAAGGGAAGCGUGCAGAAAGAUGGUAACAUCUUUACCAUUGAGGUAUUCGAUCAGUAUAGAGUGAUUUUUGAUUGCAAGAUACAUAUGGUUGAAAUAAUAUUAUUACUUCCCGAUAAAACUCCCAUAUGUGGAAUGUGUGGCAAUCGUAACGGAAUCGGAACAGAAGACGACGAACUCCAAGGCUAUUCGACUAUUGACGAUAUGGCAAGAAAAUUUCGGCGUCGCGGCAUGGAUGACCGUUGCUGAACUUUUAUCUAAAGACGAAUGAAGUAUAUGGUGAUGGAUAUUGUAGUAUAGUUACGCCAAUCGAGGGUGAAAGCUAAUGGCUAUUGAUAAAGUGAAGUUUUAAGAUAAGGCAAAUUGUAUAUUAUGUAAAUAGAUUGAAAAAUAAAAGCUACGAUCCUGGG